AUGGUUAAGAGACCCAUGGGGAACUGUGCCAAGAGGCCCUGGCACCGGGGGUCUAAGGAACGCUGGCAGUGGCCCGGAUCCCCCCUAGGGGGCUCCCGCCCCAGCCCUGGCCCCAGAGCUGAGGAGCAGGAGGGGACACAGGGCUACUCAGUGCUCGGCAGCCUGGUGGGGCCAGCAUGCAUCUUCCUUCGACCCAGCAUCGCCGCUACCCAGCUCAACCGAGAGCUGAGACCAGAAGAGAUUGAAGAGCUGCAGGUCGCCUUCCAGGAGUUUGACCGAGACCGGGAUGGCUACAUUGGCUACCGGGAGCUGGGUGCCUGCAUGCGGACACUGGGAUACAUGCCCACAGAGAUGGAGCUCAUUGAGAUAUCACAACAAAUCAGUGGUGGGAAGGUGGACUUUGAAGAUUUUGUGGAGCUGAUGGGUCCCAAGCUGCUGGCAGAGACGGCAGACAUGAUUGGCGUGAGGGAGCUUCGAGACGCUUUCCGGGAGUUUGACACCAACGGAGACGGCUGCAUCAGCAUAGGCGAGCUCCGGGCUGCCCUCAAGGCUCUGCUGGGGGAACGCCUCAGCCAACGGGAAGUAGAUGAGAUACUCCAAGACAUUGACCUCAACGGAGACGGCCUGGUGGAUUUUGAAGAAUUUGUUCGGAUGAUGUCUCGGUAAGCCUGUAUAGAAGCUGGAGUGGACCAGCCUGGAGGAUCCCAGCCUCCUAAUUGCAGAGGAUCCUGUAUGCUCUUUGAAGGUCAUUGUGUACAGGACUGUGUGCCUCCUCCCCAUCCCCGCCGGGGCAGUGUCCUCUCCUGUC